CAUCUCCCCCAUUUGCUCUCCCAUUUCAGACAAGUUUGAAUUUUCAGUUUCAGAACUCACAAGAAAAAGAAAAAAUGGCGAAAUGCUGCUUUCAAACAUUCCUCUUCUUCUUCUUCUUCGUCUUCUUUUCUCAUCAGUCGCUUGCGUCAUCUAAAUAUACCCGUCAACCUCCCCGGCCGGUCAUCUUCACUGCCCACAAAGGAUCGGAAUCUGACCCACAACAGGUUCAUAUAUCACUGGCUGGGAAAGACCACAUGAGGGUGUCAUAUGUCACCACCAGUCACCAAGUGCCGUCAAUGGUGGAAUACGGGAAGGUAUCGGGGACGUACGAAUCAUCGGCCACCGGAGAUCAUACAAAGUAUCAGUACUUCUUUUACACCUCCGGUAAUAUCCACCACGUCACCAUCGGACCAUUGGAGCCGAGCACCACGUAUUACUACAGGUGUGGUGGUUCAGGACCCGAGUUUAGUUUCAGGACACCAACUUCAUCCCUGCCAAUCGAGUUUGCAAUUGUUGGUGAUCUAGGCCAGACUGAAUGGACAGCAUCAACCCUAAAACAUAUUGAUGCAAGGGACUAUGAUAUAUUUCUCUUACCGGGUGAUCUGUCGUACGCCGAUACCCAACAACCACUUUGGGACUCAUUCGGCCGCCUAGUCGAGCAAUACGCGAGCCGUCGGCCAUGGAUGGUGACCGAAGGCAACCAUGAAAUCGAAACUUUCCCAAUUAUCUACCCUCAUGGUUUCAAAGCCUACAAUUCCAGGUGGCUCAUGCCGUACCAAGAGAGUGGGUCCAACUCCAAUCUGUACUAUUCUUUUGAUGCUGCAGGGACCCACAUUGCCAUGUUGGGAUCCUACACGGACUUUGAGGCCAGCUCUGAUCAGUACAAGUGGCUUGAGGCUGACUUGGCGAAAGUUGAUAGGACAGUGACACCAUGGCUCUUGGUGCUUAUUCAUGCACCGUGGUAUAAUAGUAAUGAGGCACAUGAAGGCGAAGGAGAGACCAUGAGGAAGGCUAUGGAGGAGCUGUUGUAUAGGGCUCGAGUGGAUGUGGUUUUUGCAGGACAUGUUCAUGCAUACGAAAGAUUUACUAGGGUUUAUAACAAGAAGGCAGACCCUUGUGGUCCAGUACAUGUGACCAUUGGUGAUGGAGGAAACAGAGAAGGCCUUGCUUUCAAUUUUAAGAAGCCAAGUCCUUCAAUUUCGCUAUAUCGUGAGCCAAGCUUUGGACAUGGCCGAUUCAGAAUUUUGAACACCACACAUGCUCACUGGUCAUGGCACCGCAACAAUGAAUCCGACUCCCUUGUCACCGAUGACGUGUUUUUUCAAACCUUAAGCUCUUCUAAAGCUUGCAUGGGAAUUCCAAAAUGGCAAACAUCAUCAUCUUCCCUCAACGAUGAACUUUAACGUUACAGCUAAUUCACUGUAAAAAAAUAUUAUCUACUUUGAAAAUUUAUUACAAAUCUUAUCUUGAAAGUGAGUGUGUGAUAUAGAUUUAACGUUUGUGGAAUGUGACACUUACAAUAAAUGUAGAUCAUGGAUACUGGUGGAGUCAAAAAAUUAAAUUAGAAAGGGUACUUAUUAA